AUGCUGUCCACCAAGAAGCACGGCACCAACAUCCUGACCAUAAAGGAAAUCCUAGAAAAUGUGUUUGUGGCAGUACCUUCCAGCCAUACCCAUUCUUCUCCUGCCUGCACUUACUACAUGGACUCCAGCAGUGCUUCCAAACCAGACACAUGGGAGCUUCCCAUGGACUUGGGCAACAUAACAAAGGGCAGUUCUCUGUGUGUUGUUAAGCAGUUGGAGUCUCUGAGCAGCUGUGGGAAGUGUGACCUGCACAGCCUGACCCAGGGCAUCUCUGACCUCAGCCUCACCUGCUUCUGCAAGCACCCCCCCCGGGAGGCUGCCUUUGACCUGUCCACUUUUUCAAACCCCCUGGGGAGCCUGCUCUCCAAGAGCACGGAGCUCAGCAGUGACCUCUCAACCCCUGGGAAGCUGCCAGCACCAGCGUGGGAGAUCUCAGCAAUAAAAGCCCCCCUGGAUAUCAGCCUGUCCCUGGAUGCGAGUACCGAGGACCUGAGGCUCCUGGGAUGCUCUAGCCUGGACACACCAUCCCUGGAGACCUCUCUGGUAAUUCCUCUGUCUUGGCCUGGUGCCUUCAGGAGGCCACCCGCAUUGACCUGCACAUCUGACACCCCCGACCCCCAGCUGAAGCAUCUGGACCCUGUCCCUGUGUUUCUGCACCAGGCUCCAUGAAGCUCCCCCGGCUCCUCGCUGCAGUGGUGGCCUGUGGGGUGACUGCCCGUGGACCCGCCCGUCCUCCCC